AACUUUCUAAGACUGGAUUAUUGGAUAGGAUGAGUGACGCUUACAAGUUUAUCCACUUUGUCUCAACUAAUUUCCAAGGGAAGUUGGAAAAGAAAAAGAAAAUAAUUGUUGAUCAGUUCACCCAAGAAUCCUAAUUUAGCACUCCGUCUAUAAAAAUAAAACGUUCACAUUGUCCCCCGUAACCGGCGUCGUUUCGUGAUUCUCAAUAUAAAGCAACUGUUUCAUCAUCUUCUUCGCCGUUACUUUCAGAAAUCCAGAGCUCAAAUUCAAUUAUCAAAAUCAAAAUUAAAAUAAAAUAAAAUAGAAAAAUGAUUAGAGCAUUCAGAAGCACCACAGCUCUCCCUCGAUUAUCCUCUUUAAUCACCACGUUCAGAUCGAUAAGCACACUUGUAAUAGCAGAACAUGAAGGCGGUGCUGUAAAAUCACAAUCCAUUAACGCAAUAGAAGCAGCAAAAUCUUUGAGCAAUGAAAAUUCAAUCUCUGUUUUAUUAGCUGGAUCAGGUCCUUCACUUCAACAAGCUGCUCAGAAUGCUGCCACUUCUCAUCCCUCAAUUUCACAGGUACUUGUAGCUGAUUCAGAUAAAUUUACACAUGGUUUAGCGGAAUCUUGGAGUAAAUUGGUAAAUCUGGUUCAGCAAAAAGGCGGUUACUCUCAUAUAAUUACUGCUGCAAAUUCAUUUGGGAAGAAUUUAUUACCACGCGCUGCUGCCCUUUUAAACGUUUCUCCAAUUACUGAUGUUAUUGACAUUUCUAGUUCUACUCAAUUUAUCAGACCAAUUUAUGCUGGAAAUGCACUUUGUACCGUUAAAUACACUGGCACCGAUCCUUGUAUGUUGACUAUUAGGUCAACAUCUUUUCCAGUACCUGAGGUCUCCGUUAAUUCAAAUUCUAAUGAAGCUCCUAUUUCCCAGGUUGAUCUCUCAAGCUUUGAUGAAGAUUCUAUAGGUAAGUCUAGAUAUGUACAAUGUACAUCUCAGGAUACGGAACGUCCUGAUCUUGGAAGUGCGCGAAUAGUGAUCACGGGAGGCCGAGGGUUGAAAAGUGCUGAGAAUUUUAAAAUGAUUGAGAAGCUUGCAGAAAAGCUUGGUGCCGCUGUUGGCGCUACUCGUGCUGCUGUUGAUGCAGGAUUUGUUCCAAAUGACCUCCAGGUUGGUCAGACUGGAAAAAUUGUUGCUCCAGAAUUAUAUUUGGCUUUUGGCGUCUCUGGAGCCAUUCAGCACAUAGCUGGCAUGAGAGAUUCUAGGGUCAUUGUUGCUGUAAAUAAAGAUGCAGAUGCACCUAUUUUCCAGGUAGCCGAUUAUGGGCUUGUGGGUGAUCUAUUUGAGGUGAUACCAGAAUUGUUAGAGAAGCUUCCUGAGAAAAGGUAGACCUGUGAACUUGGAACACUUCAAGUCUUCAGAUGCCAAUGGAGUAUAUAUAACUUGUUGUUCACCAGUGAUUUUCAAAAUGGAAAAGAUAAACUGUAGUAAUAAUGAAAGAGAAACCACCAGGCAUGUAGCCUGGUGGCCAGGGACGCUUAUGCCCUCGGGUGGGUAUCGAAACGAGAACCACCUCUCUCCCAUCCCAGAUUAUAAUUGUUCAAAAAAGAAAAAUGUAGUCAAGAAAGAGAGCUUUAGUGCCAUGUUUUCUAGUCUUGUCCAUAAGAAAAAUAAUAUAGAACAAAGCAAGCUUAUGGCCACAAUUCUGAGAUAUUCAUUGGGUCUAGGUUAGUCUGCAGUGGUAACAGGAGUUGCCAAAAAAAAGAAAUGAAGUAACUUGAGUGAAAGGGAUUCCAAGCAAUGAACUGGAAGGAAGUAAAGCUUGAAUAGUUCUGAGUUA